AUCCCAACAUCCUCUAUGUCUAUUUGUUUAACAUCCCCUUGUGAAUCUGUUGUACCCUACAGACUACAUCACCUACCCAGCAUCCUCCCUCACAUCCGUUUCAACCUGCUGACCCCAGACGACACGGCAGCCAUCUUGGAGCAUCCCCUUGUCAUGACGGAUUCUGGGAGUUCUGAGGUCAUCAAGAAUGCGGUACAGAAAGGGAAUCCCAACCUGAAGCCGAGGCUUGGGAGGACUACUGAAAUGGUUCUGCUGUCCGCUGUAGGUUCCAACGAGCUCCUCUUCAUGAAUCCUCGGGAAGGGAAGUACAUCAGCUGCAGUUAUAAUCAUAAAGACUUUCCUCUUGCACGUGACACAGACGUGACAGUCACCAGUGAUAACAAUAUCUACAGACUGAUUCGUGAGCGGGACAAUAGCAAACCGUUGUUCGUGUUGAAGUACAACCAUGCGGAGAAUGUGUGGGAAGAUACUGGUAUGUCCUCAGUAUCUAAGUCGCUAAGACUGGGAAACAAUGUGAAUUGCUACGAAGAGCACCUUGUUGAAGUUGAUCAGACUUUAUACUACCUUGCUGAAAAUAUAGAAGAAUGCUUGGUGUCGAUGAGAAAGUACAGCUGGCACACAGAUCAGUGGCAGGAGUGUUCACAGCUGCAAUUUGACAAUACUUCAUACGACUUCAAUUCUACAUGCCAAUUCAGUGCAGCAUUGUCCUGCAGUUCAGACCUCUACUUCCUCACAAGCAAGGAACUGCAUUGCUACGACCCGAGACAGGACCGGUGGUACAAGCAGAGCUCAUCACCACAGCCCAAUCUUGAAAUGCGUGCAGCUGUUUCCAUGGGAACAGAAAUUUUCUGCACAGAUUUCAGUUUUACUCAAACUUUGGUGUACGACACAGAGUCAGACUACUGGCAGAAACUGCCAGGCUGGCCGGACCCAGGAAUCCGUGAGACUUAUGGUUCUCCUUAUUUUUUUGUACUGGAAAACCAGCUGCACAUAUUGUUAAACUAUAGCUAUGGCUAUGAUGACGAUGACGGAAAACACCUAGUAUAUGUGUAUGACAGGUCUGCUGAUGCCUGGAGAGACUUGAAGGCCACUUUGCCAGAUAAGGAAUAUUAUUCGUAUGGUAACCUGUGCCAUGUGGCGCGUAUAUACCUACCAUAUCUUAAAGUGCAGGAUAAGGAGACAUAGAAUGUAUCAGUCCUGUAGAGCAGGAUUGUCUAAUGAUAUUUUUGUAAAGAAUUUGGAUUUUGAGGAGUACCCAAAGUAGGAUAGGUCUUUUGAUACAUUCAAAACAAGUUGGUUUAUGAUGGAAACCCUUCCACAAAGUAUUAUUGCCCAAUGACCUGAAAGCAGAAAUUGGUGCUGCCAUGCACAUUGCUAGGAGAAUGAUAACUUUUGAGGUUCUUGUUUCUGAAGUUUGAAGAUACUCAUCUUCCCAUGACUGACUUGAUGUAUCUUCCACACAAACAUUUGCUAGAUAAUUGCUAGCUAAUUGCUCUUUAGAAAAGUGUGUUAACAAUUGUACUAAUAUUACCUUUUCCAUACUCUAUAUGUUUUGCUAUAUUGUUUUUUAUUUUCUAUUUUUUUCGCACUUUGUAUGUUAACCUGAAUACGUUUUGUAUGUUAGCCUAAGUUUUGCAUGUUAGCCUGACUUACUUUUGUGUUUAUUAGCCUACUCAGUUCCGUAUUUUAGCCCAAGUUUUGUAUGCUGGCCUACUAGUCCUUUUUUUAUUCUAGCAACCCUUUUAUUGAAGAUCUUCACGAAGCCCAGGGCAGUGAGAGCUUGUGUGGCACAGAGUCUGACUAUUAAUGUUAUUUGUUUUAUAGAUUGUUCAGUGUUAUAUUUGUUUGCACUUAGUUUUUCUUCAAAGGCCUCUUGCACAGUUAUGCACAUUCAUGCGAUUAAAACUAGUUUGUAUACCUGUAUUUUAAAUUACAAUAUAUAUGUAAUAUUUUUGUAUCAUGUUUUGAUGAUAAAUAUCCAUUGAUGAACGCAAUGAGUCAUUCUUUAGGUAAGUGUUAU